AGCCCUACGGGGAGUGGGGCGGGACAGGCGGUUACAGGGGGCGCCUAACGCCUCCCUCUGCCUCGCCCAGGCGUCAGGCGAAGGCGCCGCAGAGCGGCAGGCCCCCGCUGGAGGACAGACGCACACGCACCGCACCGCUCCCUCCCGGCGGGAUGUUUGUGCCCUGCGGCAGUUCCGCUGCUCCGGACUUUGAAGACUUCACGCUCCUGCUGCCAGCGGUAUCAGUUGGGAAUGUUGGCCAGCUGGCGGUAGAUCUAGUUAUUUUUACCCUCGACAUGCCUAAAGUUGGUUACUUCUAUACUGAUUGCCUGGUGCCAAUGGUUGGGAAUAAUCCAUUUGCAACAGCAGAAGAAAACUCAACAGAGUUGAGUAUAAAUGCUGAAGUGUAUUCUUUACCUGCUAAAAAGCUUGUGGUUCUCCAGAUCAGAUCACCGUUUGUAAAGAACAAGUAUAGGUCAUUUUGUCAAACACUGCUUUCUUGGGUGAAAAGUAGUAGAUGUGCCAAAGUCAUUCUUCUAUCAAGCAGCCAUGCAUAUCAGCGUGAUGAUCAGCAGCUUCAUGGUACUCCACUACGAUACUUACUCUCACCUGCUAUUCAGAAAACAGCUGGAGAUCUAAUGCAGAGGCUAAACUGGAAAGAGAUGGAAAAAGUUGCUGCUUACCCAGGAGUAAAUGAUGCAGACAUGGUACUACGUAUUCCUGGAGGUGGCAUCACAACAUUAUUAUUCAGUGAGAGUUGUUCAAAUGGAAUUCAAAUGGCAGUUCUGUUGAAAUUCUGCUCAGAGGGGGACAACAUCCCUGAUGCACUGGCUCUUGUUAACUAUCUUAAUGAAUGGCUCCAGCUAAUUAAAAGUGAACAGAACAGCGAUGUGCCAGCUACUCCUUCACACUGGAAAAUACCACAUUCUUGGAGAUUACUCUUUGGUAGUGGCCUUCCACCUGCACUCUACUGAUUACUCUGGGCCUGAUGCUGCAAGGUUCUGAGCAACCUCAAGUUCUGCAGAAGAAAAUGUACAUUGAGCAUGCCAAGUACUAUAGAAGUGCAAAUCAACCAUCUUGUAAUACACAUUGAAGGGGACAACAGAAUCUGAUUCUUUGUAGUUUGUUACUAAACAAUUUAUACAUUCACAUAUAUUCUCUUGAUGCACAAAUUAGAAUAAAUAGAAUAUUCCUAUUGGUACAGCAAAGCCAAUACAAGCUCCAGCUCCUUCUCCUGAACUUGUAUUGGUUUUGCUGUACCAACAGGAAUAGAGAGUAGUAAAAAUUAGUCUUUGUUCAAACAGAUUUGAUUUUGAACACACACCGAGUAUAUCUACUGAGUAAGGUGCCAUUUUUAUAUUGCCACUUUUCAGAGCAGAACUAUAAUCCAAUACCCCCACUUAAAUCACCGGUGAGCAACAAAACUGCAGGUUAAAGGACUUAGAUUCCUUCACAAGAAGCCCUUUUUGAAGCAAACAAAUCACAAAGUUUGCAUGGAGUAAAUAUCUGCCACAUAGGACUACAUUUUUGAAACCUGAAAUAGGUUUUCCUUUUGUAGGAAUAUAGUGAGAUUUUCUUUAUCAAUAUUUGUCUAAGGCAAAGGCUUAAUACUAGUUUCAUUUAUUUUUUUAAAACAAGCACUUUUACCAGUGAAUUGUCCCCAAUAUUUUGUAUUUACACAAUAUCCAAGUAGAAGCAAAGAAGUUAUUUUUCCUGUUAUUUCUUACUUGUAUAUACACACACACGCACACACACACUAAAUUGACAAAAGACCAAAUAGUCACUCAAAACAAGACAUUUGUACAUUUCCAUUUCACAAUUACAAAUUGUUUUAGCUCCUCAGGAAAACAUUUGAGGGUAACCAUUGGGCACUUGGAGAAAAGAUACAUUUUUACAAUUUUGAAAAGGUAUUAACACAUUUUGAGUUUUUAAAUUAUUUCUCUUAUCAGUAUGCUGGUGUAGCAUUUCACAUCAGCUGUGAGACCUAGUUGUUGUCUUCUAGUCUUUUCAUUCCUACCAACCUCUUUCCUAGAAUCGAGAUAUAUCCCUUAGUUUCUGGUAACAGCAUAUCAAUUGAGGCUAUUCACUGGCUAUUGUUAUUUGCUUCUGUGCAUGCCGCCAAAAUCUGGGUGAGUUACUACACUUCCUCUUGGCCCGGCUCUUAAUCUUUAUUUGAUUUUAACAGUGCAUCAGAGCAACAUUAAUGCUCCAGUUUCUAUUCUUGGGCUGUAUAGAUUAUGCUGAGCUAUCCUCCAAAAUCCCCAAAAGGUAAAGUGGAUUUAUGGUUCAUCCAAAAAUUCUCUUUAGAUUGGUAAGUGAUCCAGGAUCCUUUUUACUCUGGCUCAAAGAGUCUAAGCUUCCUCUAGAUAGCUUGACUGUACAAUCUGUUGAAUGACCUCUCCCUGUCACAACAGUUUCAUGCAAGGCAAAACUGGCUCAAAUACAGUCCUCAUCACUUUGCAGGCCCAAACUUCUGAAGACUAUGUAAGAUGGACACUUGUUCUCACCUAACCUGUCCACAGGUUAUCCGAACAAUCAUCUUGUGUUAUAUGUUACUAUGUAUGGGAGGGCAGAGAUCUAGUCAAGGAAAACAUUAUACACUUCUACCUCUAUAUAACUCUGUCCUUGGGAGCCAAAAAAAAAAUCUUACCACGUUAUAGGUGAAACUGCGUUAUAUUGAAUUUGCUUUGAUCCACCGGAGUGCGCAGCUCCAUCCCCUCCUCCCCGGAGCACUACUUUACGGAGUUAUAUCCAAAUUCGUGUUAUAUAGGGUCGUGUUAUAUCGAGGUAGCGGUGUAUUUUAUAAUCCAAUUUCUAAUCCGCAGAGUUUAAGAUUCCUCAUCAGCUUCAACAGAUGACUGCACAGAAAUACUGCCAGUCUUGUAAGUUUCCUAUCUGAUUAAGAGGUACAUCUCUACUCUACAAUUCAUAAAAAACACACACACACACACACACACACACACACAAAAAACAAACACA